GUAUAUGUAGAACGCUGUCACGGAAGACUGGUUCCGGGUGCACUGUGCGGAUAUGGCAGCGGCAGCCAGGCUCCUAGCGGCUUCUCGUUGCCUUCUAACGAGGACCGGGAUUACGGGCGUGCGCCGUCCGCUACUCUGCCCUCCGAGGGGCCGCCUAGAACCCGGUGCGGCGCGUCUCUACAGCUCAGAAGACAGAGUUACAGUAAAGUUUAUAAAUCGGGAUGGAGACACCAUUGUAGCAGAGGGGAAAGUUGGAGAGUCUCUUCUGGAUCUGGUUGUAGAAAAGAAUUUGGACAUUGAUGGCUUUGGUGCGUGUGAAGGGACACUGGCCUGCUCUACCUGUCACCUCAUUUUCGAGGAUCAUAUAUUUCAACAGCUGGAACAAGUCACUGACGAGGAGAUGGACAUGCUGGAUCUGGCUUACGGCCUCACUGAAACGUCGAGAUUGGGCUGCCAGAUUUGCCUGCGGCCGUUUAUGAACGGAAUGAUCGUGAAAGUCCCGGAGGCUGUUGCAGAUGUCCGACAAGCGAUGGAUAUGGGGAAAAACUCUUGAAAAAAGCCAAAUAUCUAGCUGCCUAUUAACAUUUUUUAAUUUUCUUUUAUAUAGUAAUUAAUUCUAUGUAGCCAAUUAUUUUUAUGCUAUAGGGCACCAGCUGAUGAAGUGUAUUUUUAAAUUUACCUUGAAGUAUAUUUUUGUUAUCUGGUCAAUUAUGGCUUUGUUUUUUUUUUCUUUUCUUUUUUUUUACGAAACCAAAAUCUUUUAGACAAACCUAUUUUUACAUUGUGUACAUAAGCUCCACCAGUCAUACGUUAACUGUUGGUUCCUUGGCUAAAUUGCAUGAUCUCCUCAGUUACUUACUGUUGAGGGUGACGUUCUUCUAUAGCAAAUGUUGCUGGAGAUACAGUAUGCGUCUCAAAUCCGGAGACGCUUGUGAUAGAUUUCCAUGGGAAAAAUGUCAAGGCAAAGUACGGUGGAUGAGAUUUAUCAAACCUUCUAAAGUGGACAAGAUGAGGUGUUCCCGAUAGCAACCAGUCAGAUCACAAAACAAUGUAGCUACCACAGCUGUAAGCUGUACGGCCGAGCACAAGAGAAGUGUACGUUAUAGGUUGCUUGUCACUUGGCACAAUAUUUAUAAGUAAUUUCACAUUUCGGGGAUAUUGUAUUAAACCUUGGAGAAAGAUAAAGCACCGACCAAUCAGCUCCAAACUGUCAUUUGAAAGGCUGUGUUUGAAAAAUGUCAGAAGCUGAUUGGUUAGUAGUUUCUUUGUCUCUUUCCAAGCUCUGAUACAUCUCCCCUUGUGACUUUAAAUGUAUUUAAUAACUAUAAACACUACACCAGUGCAGAGUAUUGGAAUAUGAUACUGGACUGCCUUUAGAAUUGUCAAUCCAUAAAAUAAAUUGUUUUCAAUAGAA